AUGCAUAAUUCUAUCUUGCUGUCCUUCUGGGCAGGCAUCUCCUUCGUCAUCUAUAAGAUUGUAUCUUCCAUCAUCACUUCACGCCGACAUGCAGCUGCUGCACGCCGACUGGGUUGCGUGGACCCCCCUCCCAUGAAACAGUCGAUUUUCGACCCUCUGGGAAUCAAGGGCGUUAUAGAGGUACUCAAGGCAGACAAAGAGCACCGUUUGCUACAGUAUUUCAAGAAGCGCAGCGACCUAAACUGCGAUGAACAAGGCAAUCCCAUCAAUACGCUCACCCAGCAUCUCCUGGGCACCAAGACCGUUUUCACCACCGACCCUAGAAACGUCCAAGCCAUCCUGGCAACGCAAUUCAAAGACUUUGGACUAGGAAGAGUUAGGAACGCCACCUUCGCCCCGCUACUGGGUCAUGGCAUUUUUUCUUCAGACGGCGAGCAAUGGGCAAAGGCCAGGGCACUUCUCCGACCCCAGUUUGCACGGGACCAAGUGAGCAACCUGGAACUGGAAGAGCAACACGUGCAACACUUGAUGCGAGUUAUACCCAUGAGUUCCAAUGGCUGGACCGAAGUCACCGACCUCGAGCCUCUUUUCUUCCGCCUGACUAUCGACUCGGCAACGGAAUUCUUAUUCGGCGAAAGUGUAGACUCGCAGCUCUCUGCCUUGCCUGACUACAAGUCGAGCAGAGGCACCGUGGAGCAAGACUUUGCCACGGCAUUCGAUCAAGCUCUGAACGCGAUUUCUAUCAAGCUACGAUUCGGAGAUGCCCCUUGGCUCGUCUACAACAAGAUGGAGAAGGUGUACAACAAGCGCUGUCACGCAUCCAUUGACCAUUACAUUCAGCUUGCGUUAUCAAAAGACAAGACGGCACGACAAAAUUCAACCGAAAAGCAAAAGUACGUCUUCCUUGACGCACUUGUAGAGGCAAACCAGGAUCCUGUAGAGCUCCGAAGUCACCUGAUAUCGAUCCUGCUGGCGGGCCGCGAUACCACGGCGUCGCUACUGUCAUACGUCUUCAUGUCUCUGGCCCAGCACCCUGAGGUGUACGAGAAGCUACGUGGCGUCGUCAAGGACUCUUUCGGCACCUAUUCCAACCCCAAGAACAUGACUUUCGAGGCGCUGAAGUCAUGCAACUUUCUACAAUGGGUGUUGAACGAGGCCCUUCGUCUGUACCCAGUUGUUCCCCUCAACAGUCGUCGUGCCCUUCGCGACACCACACUCCCCACAGGCGGUGGUCCUGACGGCACAGCGCCCAUCUAUAUCAAGGAAGAUAUGUCCGUAGACUACCAUAUUUACACUAUUCACCGACGGAAAGACCUUUGGGGACAGGAUGCCGACGAGUUCCGGCCAGACCGUUGGGAUGGCAGGAAGAGCGGAUGGGAAUAUCUGCCCUUCAACGGCGGCGCAAGAAUCUGUAUCGGACAGCAAUUCGCUCUUACAGAGGCCGCAUAUACCGUUGUAAGACUGGCACAGAGAUUUGAGAAGAUCGAGAGUGCUGGAAACUUAUGGGAUGGAUCUACAAAGGGUGGAUCGGAUCACAUUAAGCACAAUCUGAGCCUGACAACUUGCCCAGCGGGUGGUGUCAAGCUUCGGAUGAAGGAGGCCCGGGAAUGA